AUGGCCGAGGCGAGGAAUAUUGGCGAAUCAGCGGCGCAGGAGGACCGACGGGUGCGCUAUGUCAGCUACGGCGCGAUUUGCACAGGACAGCCACACGACAACGACGACGACGACGACGACGACGACGAGAUGCCGCGGCAUGUCGGCGACAGCGACGGCGACGAGCCACUCGAGGACCGGACGGGGGCGCUGGCGCUCAAGUCGAAGCGCACCGAGCGCAUGCAGCGGCGGCGCGGGGCGCGCGACAAGAGAAGGGGCGCGGCGGUCAGGCUCAGCGAGCUGCCAGCCGAGUUGCUGCUGGAGUGUCUCGUGCACCUGUCGCCGCGUGACGUGGUCGGCUUCAGCCUCGCCCACAGUCGCUUCCACGCGCUCGUUGCGACCCACGGGCGCGUUUUGGGCGCGGCCAUCAUCGAACGGCGGUACGCGCUGCUCGCAAAGUGCUUCCCGACGCCGUGGCUCCUGCGUGACGUCGAGCCCGCCGUGCGCGAGCUGCUCACCGAUCCCGCCCGCCAGACACAGCUCAACAUCCACCGGCGCCCCUACCAGCACAUCCAGCCGCCCGACCCACACGAGCUAUGCACCUGCCUCACCUGCAUCCUGACGUGGAACAACCUGGGCCUGCUGCUGGACUUUGCCCAUUGGCAGUCCAAUCUCGACCACGGCGUACCCAUCCCCGUCCUGCCGCGGGGCCAGCCCACGCCGUGGAACGACAAGCUGGUAGCCCGCAAUGCCCGCAUCGCCCGCCGUGCCGUCGCCCACCCUCUGUGGCACGCCCGCAUCUUGGAGAUGCAUCUCGACAGCACCGUGCGCGCCAUCCGGAGGCACUCGAGGAAUAAGGGCAAUCAGCGCACCCACAUCCGCAUGACGGAGGAAGACGCCGCCGCUGGCACCGAUGCCUUCCUGGCUAGGCACGGCCCUCCAAGCCUCGAGUUCCCCUACCAGCGCGACGAGUACUACAUGCUUGAGGCAUACCUGCCGAACCGCUGGUGGAAAAAGGCCGAAACACGUUGGGUCUACAUCAUAGCAGGCCAGCAUGAGCGCGAUCUUGACUUCGUCCAGCGCCUCGCCAAGACCUAG